CAAACUUUGGUCCAGCACGGACGUCGAACACGCGUCCAUUUAACUCACGCGAACUUUACAAACUUUAUUACUUAAACAUUGUUUUAUUUUAAACAAAACAAAGUUGUUUUUUGUUUGAAAAUUUAAGUGAAAAAGUGCCUUUAAAGUGAGAUUUUAUUUAAAAGUGAUGUGAUGAUGAAUGGUGUUGUAGUCAAAACUGACGUUACUAAAGAUGCAGGGAUUAUUGACAGACACUCAGCAGUGGACGUGUCUAACGGUGGCAACAGAGAACAUGAGAGGACCAGGUGGCAGACUCCGGACGGAGACAGGCUGUCAACAUACCCAGCAACGGGCGACCGGUCAACAUUGUUGCGGUCCCACGCAGCAAAGUCGGCGGAAUGCAGUGGGCAGGGCUCCCCGCGGCCUCGGCGGGCGCCUCGUGAGUCGCGCCGCGUGUCGCUGGCACAGGCAUCGGGAUACGUGCAGCUCAACCAGUACAGAUUGCUCGAACCUAUUGGCCAGGGCUCGUACGGGAUCGUCAAGUUAGCCUACAACGAGGAGGAUGAUACACACUAUGCAAUGAAGAUCCUGUCAAAACGUAAGCUGAUGCGGCGAGCUGGUCUUUUUGGCAGGGCGCCUCCUCGAAGACCAGGACCUGGCCCACCCCCCAGCCCGCUGCAGAGGGUAUACCGGGAAAUAGCUGUGCUUAAGAAACUGGACCAUCCUAAUGUCGUCAAACUUGUGGAGGUGCUAGACGACCCUGCAGAGGACCACCUCUACCUGGUGUUCCAGCUGCUGGAAGGAGGACCCGUCAUCGACAUCCCCACUGACAACCCUCUCAGUGAGGAACUAGCCAGGAAGUACAUCAGGGACGCGUUGCUGGGAGUUGAGUACUUACACUACCAGAGGAUAGCUCACAGGGACAUAAAGCCAGCCAACUUGCUGCUGGGCGAGGGUCGGGUGCAGGUGGCAGACCUGGGUGCCUGCGGGGAGCUGGCAGCUGCGGGCCGGGUGUCGGGCACGGUCGGGACCCCGGCCUUCCGGGCCCCUGAGGCCGCGGCACCCGCUGAUAAGUAUAGUGGAGAGGCAGCAGACAUCUGGUCACUAGGGGUCACGCUCUACGCAAUGGUGACAGGCAAAGUGCCCUGGAUCGGCAGCUCAGCUAUAGAACUGCAGCGGAAAGUGUUAGCCGAACCUCUGACAUACCCUCCCAAGUUCCAGCCUUCGAAGCAACUGAGACAUCUUCUCAGUAGGAUGUUGGAUAAGGACCCGGCGACUAGAGCUACGCUGCAGGAGGUUAAGGACCACGAGUGGAUCACAGACGGAGGCAAGGAUCCUCUACCCUCAGAACAAGAGAACUGCAGACUGGUGGAGGUUACAGAGGAGGACAUGGCACAAGUGGUCACCUCCAUCCCCAACCUGUCCACACUCAUACUCAUCAAGACUAUGCUGAAGAAACACAGCUUCCAAAACCCGUUCCUACGCAGUAGAGAAGGCAGUACGUCUCGUAGGGAGUCCACCAGCUCUCGAGGAGAAAGCUCUGAGAAGUCCACCGCAGCUGCCAAGAGGGGAGGUCUGGCGAGAGCUGGGAGAUCGCUGUCUGCUCCCGGGAACUACCUGACAGAAAGCAGGCAAUCCUCCUUUGAUAUUGGGCUAGAAUCAGUCCAAGAGUCUCGCGACCAGAGUCUAGACGUGACAGCCAAGGAGAAGAGUCCGCAAGAGAAAGAGAAGGAGGAGUCGAGCGCACGGUGAUACUCCACUCGCGCGGCGCGUGCGCCCGCCGCCGCCGACCAAUGGUUCGUGCGCGUUCGAAUCAUGAUCGAAUUCGAAUAGCCAAUUGGAUACCGGUGAUACAAUGUUGCCAGGACACAAAAUGUGCUGGCUGCAUUUAAUUCGUAAAUAAAAAAUGCAUUGAAUUGAUAUUUUUUUACUAAUUUUAAAUGUAAUCUUGUCGUCAAAAUCUGGGGUAUUCAGGCUGCUAUGUGAUUAAUGUUCUCAUCGGAACAUAAGUGAAGUGUAACGAGCUCCAGGUGUAAUGGACGCUGAUUUUGAUGAAAGCUUAUUAAUGAUAACUUAAAUUUUUCACUUAAAAUUUACUAAUUCAUUCAUCUGCUAGUCCUAUUCACUUAAUAUUGUAAAUAUUUUAAAAUAACAUUUGUCCUCUUUGACUUAAAAAGCACUUUAAUAUUUUUAAUAACAUAAUUAGGUGUACUGUACCUAUUUAGCGAGGCCGCCGCGAUGAGUCACUCUGUGUACAGAGACGAUACAUCAUUGUCUUCUUUGAAAAAUAAUAACAAGGAUCAAUCAAAAAGUAAUUCUUUGCCAGUGUGGUUGAAAAUAUCUGUUCUAACAAGAUUAAAUGUUGCCAGGUCUAAAAUAGCGCGGCUCGUGAGGCGGCCUCGUUACAAGCAAAAUUUUACAAAGCCCAUUUAUAUUGUAAAUAUUUUAGCAUAUUUUUAAUAUUAAUUCAUAAAAAUUGCUCAAUGCUUGUUUGAUAUCAUUGUACAUAUUAUAAGCUUCUAAGGUUAAAUCACAGUUUUAUAAAAAUACAAUGGAGUUAUUCAUGUUGAUAUUUCGCUUGGUCUGUCACACGGUAACGAAAUUCUGUUUGUGGGUAAAUAAAAAUGUGGAAAACAUUUUGAGCAACAAAAUUUAGGGCUGUGAAUAUUUUAUGAUCGGGAGUGAUUGUGGACAAUACGUUGUAUGUAUGGGACUUUUCGGGAGUCUCUAACGUCCACAAAAAUAAAGAGUAGGUACUCUUUUAUGUGAUAUUAUUGCUACCGUAACUCCACGACCACAGAGGGAGGCGGACCAUUUAAUCCAGCGAGGCAUCGUUCCCAGAGGACCCAACAUUCCUAAAUCGAAAAACUUAACAUCACUAGCCAAAUACUGAGAAACUAAUAUAACAUAACAACCAAGAGUAACUUUAGUAAAACACAUAAAUCAACGCAAAACAUUAAUUAAUGUUACACCACAAUAAUAAUUACAAAAGUUAAUUAGAAGAGCCAGCGAGCCUGUUACCCGACCGCACUAUCACAGUGUCACAAAACUAUUUUGUAUUUUUAUAAAACUUAAAACUUUUAUUACGAAUAAAAUAUUGUUAGGGCUAGGGGUCACUGGACAAAACUGUGUAAAAGAAAAAUGGCUGUCACGUUUACAAAAUUUAGUAAGCAAAUAGAUUCGGUCGUUAUGUACCAUUUUCAAUUUAUUUUGUAAUUCCAAAACCAAUUUUCGAUCGUAAAUUGGUAUUUGCAUUGUGAACAUCCUGUAUACCGGUACACCGGAAUGUGGCUUUGCUCUCCAGUCACAGGUUUGCGGUGUGCACCCUAUAAAUCACUGAUAUUACGCUUUAGGAAGCCGGAUGCGGAUACGGCUCGGAAUUACAGAUCGAGUGGGUAGUUACCUGAUUAAAUGCGGUUCGAAUUUCACGUGGCUGCGUGGUCAAACAAUUUGUGACGAAAUAACAAACAAUAAAAAACGAUUUAAAAAUAAUCAAAGGAUAUAAAGGACCUAUGUCGGUUUCCUACCUCAGUGGGAAACUUCAUGUAAGUAGGUAUUAUUUAAAUUGAACAAACCAAGAUAAAGUGAGAUUAUAAUCUGUCCAGACCCCUAGGCCACCUGCGCCCUGACUACAGGUUCGAGCAUGUAUUUAGCGAGCAGCUACGAUAAGAGAUUGACCAAUUUUCACUGUCAAAUUAAUUUCAAUUAUAUUGACCAUCUAUUGAGUCGUGAACGCGUUUAUACUCUGUGCAUUGUGUUGACAGCUCUGACAUUUAUGUCAAGCGGAAAUUAUGGCGCGAAAUUCGAGCAAAAUGGCGGAAGUUAUUGGCAAAUUCAGGUGUUCGAUUGUGGCAAUAAUUUCCAAGAAAACUCGAUAUUUUGUUGGGCAGUCGCCAUUUUAGGUUAAGCUGUUUGUUUCGGUUUGUUUAAUUCACAAAAUAACGAUCACGAUUUUCUGUACCGUAUUUCAGUUUAAAGCUACCCAAAUGUUUAGGUUUUACUUUUACAGAAUUAGCAAUGCACAGCUUAUAAACAAAAUCAUAGAUAAGGUGCAUGUUAGUGUACAGGGUCCCGAUUACCGAAGUACUUACAAUUUUUGUGUAAAAUAAGUGAAAAAAAGUUUUUAUUAAAUAUUUGAAUUAACAAAGUCCAAGCUUAGAUAUUAGGUGAAGAGAUUUUAUUGUCCACUGUUUCGCUGCGAUGUUCUCUGACAAAUAGA